GCAGCACUGCCCGAACAGCUGCUCGCAACGAAUGUGAAUUUCGUGUGUGUGUUUCACUAUUUUUUUUGUGUCAAAUUACAAAGUUAUCGUCUUUUUACACAAAAAUAUAAAACAAAAACAACAACGCGCUGUUCUAUGUGAAAUUUGAUCUUCUGCCACACAAUUGCACACAAUUUUUCAAAAUUAUGGCCGCCUCAGUGCUGAUCGCGUGCGGACUGAAUGAACAGAAACUGCCCGGAUUCGUGCACAUCAGCGAGGAGUCAAAUGUCGAUGGCAGCUUUCUGAUUAGCUGCAUCCUCGGUCAGCGGCUCCGCAUCUCGAAUGCUGGCACCCUGCUCGUCUGCCUGCAGCAUCAUUAUCAGCAUUACUUCAAUGCGGGCAUGCGUCUCGGCUACAAUUCGAACAUCUUUCUGGGCAAGACCCUUAACGUUAUCGAUGUGCUCAGCGACAUGGCGCGCCAGGGCCUCAACUCGAAGUGGUUGCGUUCACCAAAUGGCCUGACUUUGACCGAGCAGCUCGCCGAGGAUAUACGCGCUCAGUUAGCCAACAACUAUGCAAAUCGGAGCAGCUACACUAUACUGAUUGACAAUCUAUCAAUAUUAUUCAAUUUGGGUGCCAGCAAAUUGCAGGUGCAACAAUUCUGCCAGGCCCUCGCCGAUCUGGCCAAAGAGCACGAGAAUCUGACGGUCAUCACCAAGCUGAGCAACAGCGACAUCCACCAGCUGACGGACAAUAAUGUUGCCAAAUUGGGUCAUGUACGCAUCCAGGUGCUGCGACUGAAGAGCGGCGUCUUUCGUGAGGUCGAUGGCAAGCUGCUAAUUGAGCGUGUCCUCGACGAGGGCAGAUAUGCCUGCGAGGAGUCACGCAAGGAGGUUCUCUACAAAGUCAACGAUCGCAAUGUCAAGAUAUUCAAUCCAGGCGAAAUCGGUGUCAAAGUUUAACACACAUACUAUAAUUUUAUAUGGAAUUUAUUAAAGCCAUUUUGAUAUACAAUUGCA